CGCCACCGCAAGAACAAAGACAGCCCACCAAACCCCCCCGCUCCCUUCUCUGAGCUCCAAUUUCGAUGAGACAAUUCCUCGACCGCCAUGGAAGCUUGCGACGCCUCGAUCCCGUACACCCUUCUAGGGUUUCUUCUCCAGGGAGGCGGCGACCGGCCGCCGGCUAACUUCUGCUCCUCCGCCGCCCCCGGCGGACAAGGCUUCUUGAAGGACUACGUGGCGAGGGGUACCAACGCGUUGCUUUGGAUCUCCCUCAUCUCCGUCACGUUCUUGCUGUUCCGCAAGCUUGCGAGGCUGGUGGGGUUCUGGGCCAAGGGAAGCCGGAUCCCGGGCCCGCCCUCUCCUUCCUUCUUCGGCCACUCGAAGCUGAUCGCUGGAUGCGGAUCGGGCGCAAAUCUCACCGGUUAUUUGUCCAAGUUGCAUGAGAGUUAUGGACCAAUUGUCAGACUGUGGUUGGGUCCUACUCAGCUUCUUGUGUCGUUGAAGGAUACUACUCUGAUAAAAGAUGUGCUCGUACAGGCUGAGGAUAAAUUACCAUUGACUGGGAGGGCGUUCCAUUUGGCUUUUGGUCGAUUAAGCCUAUUUGUUUCCUCCUUCAGAAAGGUACAAAAGAGAAGGGAAUCUUUAGAAGCAUACUUGAAUGGAAAAUUGGCUGAGAGAGCAAACAUGAUUUCUUGGAAGGUCGUUGAAUGUGUCAUGGGCCGAGUUGAUACUAUUAUGGCUAAAGGUAUUCUUGAUUGCAGAUCUGUUUCACAGCAUAUGGCAUUUUACACUCUUGGAGUUGGUCUCUUUGGCGAUGCAUUCCUGGAUUGGUCUGAGGCAGCUACAUAUGAGGAGCUCCUUCUGAUGAUUGCUAAGAAUGGUUGCUUCUGGGCUUCUUACAGAAUCCCUCCCUUUUGGAGGAGAGGAUACUGGAAGUAUCGAUCUUUGUGCAUGAGAUUGCAAUGCCUAACACAAGACAUUAUUCAACGCUCAUUGGGCCAAAUCAAUCAAGAUUCUUGUAAGAGAACUUCAGAUACUGGGAGGGAAGCUGGUGCAGAUGGUACGGUUCUGCUGGACAAUACGAGAUCAAGAGGUCUCUUCCAGGAGGAAAUAGAGGAAGAUGUUAUUUCCAAAGAAGAAGCAUGUGCAAAUAUGUUGGGUUUGAUGUUCCACGGAUGUUUAGCAACUGCUAGCUUGAUCCAUAGCAUUUUAACAUGGCUAGUCUUGAACCCGGAACUACAAGAAAAAUCAUAUUCAGAGAUCGUUCGAGUGUGGGGAAGAACUUCUGGGCCAGAUUCACUUGAGGUGCAAAAGAUGCAUUUCUUAUUGGCUACUGUUUAUGAAUCAGCUCGUCUUUUGCCAGCUGGACCUUUGCUUCAAAGAUGCUCAUUGAAACAUGACUUGAUUCUUAAUUCUAGUAUAACUUUACCGGCGGGAGCAAUGCUCGUUGUUCCUUUACAGCUGCUGCAGAUGGAUGACUCUAUAUGGGGUAAGGAUGCCAGCCACUUUAAUCCACAUCGUUUCUUGUCGAAGGCUAUUGACCAUGGAGGCACAUUUGAGGAACAUGAGAAGCAUGAAGAGUGCCCAUUUAUAAGUGAACCAAAUAAAAGUGCAGCAUUUCUUCCUUUUGGGGCUGGUGCACGAGCAUGCAUUGGACAAAAGUUUGCAAUUCAUGGAAUAUCAGCAUUGCUUGCAUAUUUACUUCAAAACUAUGAGAUGAGACUUAAGCCUGAUUUUGAGAACAACUCCAAGCCCACAGUGCAUGAUUGCCUUCUUCAGCUUCAGGCAAGCCCAAAGGUUGUCUUUGCGAGAAGAAAUUAGUGAAACCAGAAAAAAAUAAAGGUGAAUGAUAUGGGUCCUUUUUUACUGGUGUUAGAUAAACAUUACCCGGUAUAAUAACUCAUACGACCUGUGGAUGGAUAUGUUGAUGAUCCAAGAAAAGGUACUUAACUAGAAGUGUUUUUCCUCCCAGUUUUUAACAGCUCCAGUGAUCUCUGCCAAUCCUUUUUUAGCAUUUUGGAAGCACUUGGGAGCUGUUAACUCAAUGGAGCUGUGUGCAUUAUAUACUUUUCUUCUCUUUUUUUUCUUUUUUUUUCCUCCAUUGGAGUUUGUUCUAAUUCUGUUACUUGUAUAUAUAACAGUGAGGGUGCAGUAUUAAAAGACUAAAUAAAACAAAUUCAAGAAACAAACAAAACAGUGGCUUCAUAUUGUUGUUGACUAUUUUCUGUUGCACAUUGAAA